ACAAGCUAUCCCCCACGCUUACAAUGCAGUGCGCUUGAAGGAAAUCAACCGCUUGCCAUCUCUUGAAAUCCCGUGUUCUCCAUCUCUAGUGCUCAUUCUCUUCCUUGUUUACAUGUCAAUAUUUAAUUUUUCCUUGCGAUGAACCCUGCCCUCAAUCUCCUCUACCCUCCUCGCCAGUUCCAUCGCUUCUCUCCUGUCUCCUGCGCCAUGACUCCCCCUUUCCCCUCCAAACCCCUUGUUGAUAAAGUUGUGAUCGUCGGUGGCGGCCUCGGCGGUCUCUCUGCUGCCAUCCAGCUCCGUAAUGUUGGAAUUGAUGCCCAGGUGUACGAAAGAGGGGGCAGACUUACUGGCGGUGAGGGAACGCUGAUCUCCUUGUUUCCUAAUGGGUGCAAGUGUCUUAACCAAGGAGAUCCAAACGUUGUACAGAAGAUUCGCGAAGCUGGUCGGUUAGACGCCCCAGCCAUGAUGAUAAACCCAUUUACUGGGGAUCUACUGGGAUCGUGGGAGCUCAGUGAACGUAUGGAAAAGACAUACGGGCAGCCUGUGGUUUCCGUUCUUUGGCGCCAUGCCCUUGGUAUUCUGUCAGAUGCUUUACCCGAUGAGUGCAAGCACUUCGGCCAUGAAUGUCAGGACGUGACUCAGGAUGACGAAGGGGCCACGGUUCACUUCAAGAAAGACGAUAAAACAGUUUUAGUCAAGGCUCCACUAGUGAUCGGUGCCGAUGGUAUACGAUCAGUUAUUCGUUCAAAAACCUUUGGUGAUAUGACUCCUCGCGAUAACGGACGUACGAUGUGGCGCGCUGUGAUUGAUGCAAAAUUGUGUAAUCACCCGGCCUUAAGAGUGGGCACAACUACUGCAGCUCAGAAUGGAAGGACAAUUUUUGUCGUCAAUGGUGUUGGUGAUAAACUCUAUUGGGCAUAUAGCUUGACUGAUGAGGCUACAGAUGGACGAGCCCAAGUGAGAUCAAAAACCUUAGAAGAGGCAAAACAAAGAUUGAGACAAGAAUUCCAGGGCUGGGAUCUUGCUCUUCAUAUAUUAGAGGCGACAGAUCCUGAGUUGAUUCUGGAGCGAAGGGUAUUGGAUCUUCCUGUGCUGACGAAAUGGACUUUCGGCCGAGUUGCUGUCCUUGGAGACGCUGCACAUGCUGUAACGCCGGCUUUGGGACAAGGGGCCAAUCUGGCGUUUGAGGAUGGUUUGGAACUCGCUAUUCAACUUUCAUCAGCUUCAGAUUUGAGCUCUGCGUUAAAAGCAUACGAGCAUCGACGUAUACCACGUGCACAGAUUGUAUCUGCGAAAACUCAGGCAACUGGCGCUGCACAUCCUCAAAGUUUCUAUGACUGGCUGUACAAAGAAAUACCAUCAUACUCUCGGGAUCCAGUUUUACAUGACUGAUUUUGAGAUAGGCGAGGAAGCUUAUGAUCGUGAAAUGUCUACAUGUCCAUUGCUUUGUAAGAAUUAUUUUAAAUGUGUAGUGGAUGUAUCUAUUAGCGAGGUUGAUUGAUUCUGAGCAGGUUUGUAAAGUUGAUAUGGAAUGUGCCAUCAUGUAUUGUUAUGCUACAUUUAACAAGGCUACAAGAUAUUCUUUGAGAGAGUAUCAUGAAACAAUGAAGUCUUGCUAUGGAAUCAAGGCUACUUCACGAGAAA